UCAAGAGCUAUUGACACAAAAAGAUUAGGGUUUAACGGCUCCAGGCGGAGACGGCGAGGGAGUAGCUUGAUCUCUGUAAUCUGCCAUGCCUUCCUCAGCACCCUGGAGAAAUCAUAGAAAUCUUGACGAAUGGAUGUGUUUUGUUACCGGGAAAGAACAAAGAAAAUAGAAAAGAGCAGUGAGAAAGAAAGAAAUCGGCGAAUGUAUGUGUUUGGUUACCUGGAAAGAGCAAAGAAACUAGAACAGAGCACUGAGAAAGAAAGUGAACACUGACAGAAGGCGUUGGUUUCCGAUAUGAGAGAGAAAAGAAGAGGGAAAUGUUGUUCUGAAUAGUUCCGUGUGGUUAUAGUUAUAGAUUCUCCCGCCAGCUACUUAAACAAAUCUUGUCAUGGAUCAUCUGACCAGAAGCCACAUUAAACUUGAUGUUUAUAAGUGAAUCUACCUUAUAUGAAUCAUACACAAGGAAGCUGAAAGAGUGAAUGAUAAAAAGAACUCAUAAUCGAAGCCAAUAAACAUGAAAGAGUGAAUGAUAAAAAGAACUCAUAAUCGAAGCCAAUAAACAUGUAAUAUUUUCUAUGUUUGGUUUGAACACCAAAUUGGUAUGUGGUUUUGGUCGGCGGUGUGGAGUUUUGUUCCAUACGGGGUGUGGCAUAACAAGAUGAUUUACACACGUAAUGUAUUUUCUCUUACACUCACACAAACCAUGCCCAUAAGACACAUUUAUUUUUUUCAUGCAAUUCUUGAAAUCUUAUUCAUCAAUCAACCUAUCUUCUCAUCUAAGCAUGAAAUUCCAUCAUCUAAUUAUAAUCUUUGUGAUGAGAAAAUCUUUUUCCAUUUGAACAAUCGCAAUGCACCAUUAAUUUUGUUCGUCACGUAUUGUGUCAUAGCCUCCUAGGAACCUUAUUCUUGUAGAAACAUAUUUUAGUGUAUUAAUAUGUUACAUCCUAUCGUAUGAUAGUGAUAAAGAUUUCACCAAUCUUUAUAAAAAAAAUACUUUGUCAAAUAUAGAGCAUUCUCAAAUCUUAAACUCUAGAUAUUUGUAAAGUUGGAAGAGGUUGUCAAUCGAAAAUUUGUCAUAAUGUUUUACAGUACUGGUAUUAAACCAUAUAAGUAGGAUGUAAUGUCAAGUCGGAGCAAACAUGUGAAAUCAAAUAAGUAAUUCAUCCAUAAAAUAAAUGUUCUCGAGGUUGGCGGUGGUCGGCGGUUAAUCACUCCGACCAGGAUAUAGCUUCCAUAUUUACCGGUUUGGUCAUCCAACUUUCCUUGUUGUGUUAUAAUAGUAGUAUACUUUCGCCCUCAUAUCCUCCAUAGUUGGGCUGUCACUAGAAUGGGCCUUGGCCUUCCAUAUUUCGGCUCAUUUAUAUUUCCCCACGAUAGGCCCAGCCCAUGGAAUAAACGACAAAACUACGACUGAGUAGUCAAACUGUUGGCAAUCCCGCAGGUGUCUCGCACCAUGGAGCGCCACGUUUACGAAUUGCGGUGGCCGUCCUUCCAUGGCGGCGGCGGCGUCGAGCCCAGAGCAGGGCUAAAACUUUUGCCCUUCUCUGAAAGACAGCAGCCGUGCAGCGAUAGUCAGGCAGGAAUCGACUCGUUUCCGGUACGUGUUUUUUUUUAUACCUUUCGCUUCUGCUCAUUGUAUUCAACUCCGAGGUUCGUAACUCUGAACUCUGGAGAUCAUCUAAUGGAGUGUUUCCCAAUUUCUCCAAGCUUAGAAUUCAUCAAUUCGUAGACUGGAGUUCGUAGCUUGAAUUGCCCAUUAUGGAAAAGAAGUCGCCUGAACCUUUUCCUGAUGUGGAUGUUAUCGACGAGAAGACGGGACCAAAUGUUCACAGGCAAGGCGUGGAGGAAGGUUCAGCUUCCCCUGAACGUAAUGAAUACAAGUCUUCUGGGGAUGUAAACAUGGAAGCUGCUAUAUCGACUGACGAUGUCAUGCGAGCUGGAGGCUUUGGGGCUAGAGAUGAUAUAGGCAGUGUUCUCCCUGUUGCUAGUGACUCGACCGACUUCGAGGAGAUGAUCCUUAACGCUAAGGACUACGAAGGGCCACAGGCAGAACAACAACGAAGGCCGGGUCUUGGCUGGACAGAUGCAGCUGAAGAACAAAACCCGUCUUCUGUUCAGCCCUAAUCUGUGAGUUUUCGAUGAGUUAGUUCUGUGUUUCGUCCUUUCGGGACUUUGUGGCAUGUGGGCAUAUCUGGUUAUCUUGUGGUACAAGGUAUUCAGUGAGGCUUGUCUGGUGGAAGAAAUAAAGUAAUGUACUUGGA